AGGAAGCGACUGAGUGUGAAGGAGAGAGAGAGAUAGGGCAAGAUAGAGAGGGAGAGAAUGAGAAAGAGAAUUGAGGUAGAGACUCUGUGAGUCCGAGAAAAAGAUUUGGACAGAAACAGAAAGAUUGGGAGAGAAAGUGAUAUGGGUGUGUGUGGGAGAGAGAGACAGAAGGUGAGACUUGAAACAGAGACAGUCUAAAAGAAAGGGAAGAUGUGAGAAGAAGAGAGACCAUAGAACAAGAGACAAAGAGACAAAAAGAGUGAGUGAGCAUAUAAGUGAGACUGAGGCCUAUGAGAGGCAGCACCUAAGAGACAGAGGAGGGAGGCUGUGGCUGGGUGCCCCAGCACCCACACCGCCCUCUUGCCCCCUGUCUUUGGGAUCCCAGAGCUGCCCUUGAUGGAGGAGGGCAGACCUCGGAGCAGCCUCAGCCUGGCCAGCAGCGCCUCUACCAUCUCCUCGCUCAGCAGCCUGAACACCAAGAAAUCCACCCGGGCAGUAAGCAAGGUGCACACCUUUGGGAAGAGGAGCAAUGCGCUCAGGAGGGAUCCCAACCUCCCCGUGCACAUCCGAGGCUGGCUGCAUAAGCAGGACAGCGCUGGGCUCCGGCUGUGGAAACGCCGCUGGUUCGUCCUCUCUGGCCACUGCCUCUUCUAUUACAAGGACAGUCGCGAGGAGAGCGUCCUAGGCAGCGUUCUGCUCCCCAGCUAUAGUGUCAGGCCAGAUGGGCCAGGAGCCCCCAGAGGGCGGCGCUUCACCUUCACGGCAGAGCACCCGGGCAUGAGGACCUAUGUUCUGGCUGCUGACACGCUAGAGGACCUGCGGGGCUGGCUACGUGCUCUGGGCCGGGCCUCCCGCGCAGAGGGAGAUGAUUGUGGGCGACCCAAGUCACCUGCACGUCGCCAGCCUGGGGAGGGCCCUGGAGGUCCCGGUGGCCCCCCGGAGGUGAGCAAAGGGGAAGAGGGGCACAGCUUAGAAUCACCGGAAGUGGCUCGGCUCUCCAGAGAUCAUGACCGACCUGGGCGGCUCACUCCCAGCCCCAUGGCCGACUUACAAUCUGGACCCCGGAUUCAGAGGACGAGGAGCCCGGACCUGUUCGCACCUCUCUCUCGCCCUCCCUCCCCUCUGAGCCUCCCCCGGCCUCGUUCUGCUCCUGCACGCAGACCUCCUCCCUCCUCAGGUGACACAGCAAUCCCCGCCAGACCCCAUACCCCCUUGAAUCGCAUCGACGUGCGGCCUCCCCUGGAUUGGGGCCCUCAGCGUCAGACACUCUCCCGGCCCCCCACCCCCCGCCGAGGACCCUCCUCUGAGGCUGAAGUUGGAAGGCCUCCCAGGAGUCCCCAGAACUGGAGUCAGGAGGCCAGAAAACAGGUCCCCUCUGGCUCCUCCACAUAUCUCCAGCUGCCUCCAAGACUUCCUGGAACACGGGCUUCCAUGGUUUUAUUGCCUGGUCCUCCGCUGGACUCAUCCUUCCACCAAAGCUUGGAGACAGAUACGCUGUUGACCAAGUUGUGUGGGCAGGACCGGCUCUUGAAGAGGCUACAGGAGGAGAUAGACCAGAGACAGGAGGAGAAGGAGCAGCUAGAAGCAGCGCUGGAGUUGACCAGACAGCAGCUGGGCCAAGCAACCAGAGAGGCUGCGGCGCCCCAGAGGGCCUGGGGGCGUCAGCGCCUCCUGCAGGACCGACUGGUCAGUGUGAGGGCCACUCUUUGUCACCUGACCCAGGAACGAGAGCGGGUUUGGGACACAUACAGCGGCCUGGAACAGGAGCUGGGCACCUUGAGAGAGACCCUUGAGUACCUGCUGCACCUUGGGUCCCCCCAGGACAGAACGUCUGCUCAGCAGCAGCUGUGGAUGAUGGAAGACACACUAGCAGGUCUGGGGGGUCCCCAGAAACCACCCCCUCAUACUGAGCCUGACUCCCCACCCCCCGCACUCCAAGGGGAGGAGUCUUCAGAGAGAGAGAGCCUGCCUGAGUCCUUGGAACUGAGCUCAUCCCGGUCCCCUGAGGCUGACUGGGGGCGGCCUCCCGGGGGCAACAGAGACCUCGCCAGCCCUCGCUCAGGCCUUGGAUCUCCAAGGGUCUCCCGGGCUUCCAGUCCUGAGGGUCACUGCUCCACUUCCCCACAGCCAGGAACCAAGGCCCCCCUGGUCCGGCCCCGGAUGAGUGCUCAGGAACAGUUGGAAAGAAUACGCAGAAACCAGGAGUGUGGACGGCCUCUCCCUCGCCCAGCUUCUCCCCGGCUCCUUACUCUGGGGAGGACACUGUCCCCAACCAGACGCCAGCCUGACAUGGAACAAAGGCCUGUCCUAGGACAUUCAGGAGCCCAGAAAUGGCUCAGAAGCUCCGGUUCCUGGAGCAGUCCGAGGAACACCACCCCUUAUUUGCCGAUAUCAGAAGGUCACCGGGAGCGAGUUCUCAGCCUCUCUCAAGCUUUGGCCACUGAGGCAUCGCAGUGGCAUAGAAUGAUGACAGGUGGAAAUUUGGACUCUGGAGGAGACUCUCUUUGCCCUGCGCCGCCUCCUCCUCCUCAGUCAGACGCCACGCCCCAGGUGACCUCGCCCCCAAGAUCUCCUGUGGCCAAUUCCCCUUCCACCCGCUUCAUCCGCAGAGGUAGUGGGCGUGGCACAGGUCCCUCCUCCUGGGAGCCCAUGUGGGAUUCCGGAACCUCCCCACCUGCCCUGACCCAGGAUGAGGGGGCGUGGCCUCUGCGCGUUACUCUGCUGCAGUCCAGCUUCUGACCCACCCAAACGCGGCAGCCAAUCGGAAUGCAAGGGCGUGAUCUGAAGGUACCGCCUGGAGAUCUGGAGCCACUCUGGGCACCUGGGGGCGUGAUCUGGUCCCCUCCUGGUCUACAAGGGGAGGGGUUUCUAUGGCCAAAGUUUGGUUUUUCCAGCACGUGUUCAAAUUCGGAUUAAAACUUUGAACUUUUAGUUAA